AUGUGUGACGUCGUUUUAGGUUCCCAAUGGGGUGAUGAAGGUAAAGGUAAAUUAGUCGAUUUGUUAUGUGAUGAUAUCGAUGUCUGUGCCAGAUGUGCUGGUGGUAACAAUGCUGGUCAUACCAUUGUUGUUGACAAGACCAAAUAUGAUUUCCAUAUGUUACCUUCAGGUUUAGUUAACCCAAACUGUAAGAACUUGGUCGGAUCUGGGGUUGUUAUUCAUGUCCCAUCAUUUUUCCAAGAAUUGGAAAAUUUGGAAGCAAAAGGUUUGGACUGUCGUGACAGAUUAUUUGUUUCUUCCAGAGCUCAUUUAGUUUUUGAUUUUCAUCAACGUACUGAUAAAUUGAAAGAAGCUGAAUUGUCUACCAACAAAAAGGCUAUCGGAACUACUGGUAAAGGUAUUGGUCCAACUUAUUCUACUAAAGCCAGUAGAUCAGGUAUUAGAGUCCAUCAUUUGGUCAACCCAGACCCAGCUGCUUGGGAAGAUUUCAAGACUAGAUACAUGAGAUUAGUCGAAAGUAGACAAAAGAGAUAUGGUCAAUUCGACUACGAUUACGAAGAAGAAUUAGCUAGAUAUGAAAAAUACCGUGAAACUUUGAGACCAUUUGUUGUUGACUCCGUUGUUUUCAUGCACGAUGCUAUCGCUGCCAACAAGAAGAUCUUAGUUGAAGGUGCUAACGCUUUGAUGUUGGAUAUUGAUUUCGGUACUUACCCAUACGUUACUUCAUCAUCAACUGGUAUUGGUGGUGUUCUUACUGGUUUGGGUAUUCCUCCAAGAACUAUCAAGAACGUUUAUGGUGUUGUCAAGGCUUAUACUACCAGAGUUGGUGAAGGUCCAUUCCCAACUGAACAAUUGAACGAAGUUGGUGAAACUUUACAAGAUGUUGGUGCCGAAUAUGGUGUCACCACUGGUAGAAAGAGAAGAUGUGGUUGGUUAGAUUUGGUUGUCUUGAAAUACUCCAAUGCUAUCAACGGUUACACUUCUUUGAACAUCACCAAAUUGGAUGUUUUGGACAAAUUCAAGGAAAUUGAAGUUGGUGUUGCUUACAAAUUGAACGGUAAGGAAUUGCCAAGUUUCCCAGAAGAUUUGAUUGAUUUGGCCAAAGUUGAAGUUGUCUACAAAAAAUUCCCUGGUUGGGAACAAGACAUCACUGGUAUUUCAAAGUAUGAAGAUUUACCAGAAAAUGCUAAGAACUAUCUUAAGUUCAUUGAAGAAUACUUGGGUGUUCCAAUCCAAUGGGUUGGUACUGGUCCAGCUAGAGAAUCCAUGUUGGAAAAGAAAAUCUAA